AUUGGGAAACUGGGAGCAGGUGAGGAGUGAAAGGCUGGGGAAUAGAGCGGAGCUGGGAGAGGCCUGAGUGAGUGAAUGAAUGAAUGACAGAACGGAAACAGAAGGAAGCUCGAGAACUCUGAAGCAGGCGGUCGACGUGAAUCGAGGGGAAAACCAUGGCUGUUAACAAGUGUGUCAAAUACCUUCUCUUCUUCUUUAACCUUCUUUUUUGGCUGAGCGGUUGCCUCAUCCUGGCCGUCUCCAUCUACCUGAGAGUCAGCAAGGGUGGAAACGAGAUCACCGAUCAGUACUUCCCUGCCGUCAACCUGAUGAUCGCCAUCGGCGCGAUCAUCAUGGUUCUUGGCUUCCUGGGCUGCUGUGGAGCCCUCAAAGAGAGCCGCUGCAUGUUGCUGCUGUUCUUCAUCUUCCUUCUAAUCAUCUUCAUCCUACUGGUGGCAGCCGGCAUCGCAGGAGCUGUGAGCCAGAAUAAGAUGGAAGACUGGGUGAACAAGCAGUUGAAAGCUAUGUUGCCACUCGCAAACCAACCUCAGUCGGUGAAAAGUGACCUGGAGAAUCUGCAGAAAGAUCUCAAGUGUUGUGGUCUUGUGAACGGAAAGACAGACUGGUCCCCAGAUCCAUUCCCAGAAUCCUGUCGCUGCAACUAUACCAUAAGUGCCACCCCUGUCCCCGGUGCUGAGUGUGGCUCAGAUCGUUACUACAGCACGCCCUGCUCCACCCGAAUCGUCAACCUGAUGAAGGAGAAUAUGGUGAUAGUGCUGGGAAUCGCCUUCGGCAUCGCCGUCCUGCUGAUUUUCGGCUUGGCUUUUUCCAUGGCUCUCUACUGUCAGAUCGGCAAGAAGGACGGACCUACCACCAACGCCUGAGGCACCAUCAUCUCUGCCCAAGUGUAACCACCAUAUAUCCUCCGUGCUAAUGUAACUCAUCCUGUGCUUUCACUGUGAAGGAGCACACUGAGAUUAAAGCUUCUUAUACACGAGUAUGGAGUCCCAAUGGUUACCAAAAAAAUAGACCUUUCAUAUAAUCUGUAUUUUCUGUAAAAGGCAUUAUGUUACCUGAAAUGAUAAAAUAGUUUGUGUCCGAGAGAGGUGAAGCGAGCAGCUUUUAAAAAUCACGCAGUAAAUGCAAAGUAAAAAACUGCAAUAUAAUUAAAUUCUGUUGAUUUAAAAUUUCCCAAAACCUUGAACUGUUAUGAGUAUGUUGGUUAUGAUUUGAUUGUGUAUUUGACAAUGUAUGGAAGCCAAUUUAAGCCAAAAAUAUUCAAUCAAUAGCCAAGUUGAUGCACAAAAUAAAAAUUAGUUUCUCAUGUUCUCGUAAAAGUGACUUUUCCCUUGCUUGUAGCUUUCUUUUUCUCUUAUUUUUUUUUUUUUAAACUUUUGAAAAUGGCAGUCCGGCUAUAUGGAGGACACUUUAAAUCUAAGUUUUCUUACUCUUCUUAAAAGGUGAGUGUAUAGUCUGGAUUUUUAGUUUUAGUUUUUUGUUUGUUUGUUGUUUUUUAUCAUUUUAAUUCUGGUUGUAGCUGGCUUCCAUACAUCUUUCUCAGUGUGUGCUGCCAUAUUAUUUAUAUUAUUUUGGGGGUGUUUUUAUUUUUUUUUAUUUUGUCUUUGCAAUAAUUAAAAAAAAUCCUCAGGAAGUUGAAAUUGUUCUAACAUACCUCCAUCAGUAAAUCUCGCACCCCAUCAUGGUUAUUAUUAUUAAUAUAAACGUUUCUUCUUCUUUCUCUUGUUGGUGCUCUUUAAAAACUCACACUGCAUAAUAAGGGAUGCUGGAAUUUAGGUUUUUAGGGGGGUUCUUGUUUGUUUUAUAUCAAAUGUCAAGCUUCUCGAGUGCUCCAACAUUUGCUUGUUUUGCUUCAUUUAUUUUGUAGUCCAUUUUAGGAAAGACGUAGAAAAAGCAUAAAAAUACAUUCAGCCAACUAAAUAAAACUUUCACGUAUCCCAUAAUUAUUAAGAAAAACUGAAUCCCGAGACUUUACAAGUUUGAGGGGUUUUUUCCAUGUAAGCAUGAAUUUCCCAAAAAAAGUUUCAAACCAAAGAUGAAUGUCCUCAGGCCUGUGGAUGCUCAGUGUUUGCCUGGAUGAAUCUGCUGUGCUCCUGAUGCUAUUUAAAGAGGUUUUAACCACUGUUCCACCUGUCAAACACAAUUUAAAAUAAAUAAAUAAAAAAUUUAAACAAAUCAAAAAGGGGAAUUCAAAUUGAAGAUAAAUGUUGUUCUCAUGGGCCAUGUACACUCUAACCAAGUUUUUUUUUUUUCAUUUAUUAUUCUUUUUGUCAUGAGUUUGAGUUUUAUGGUAGUUCCACCUGAUUUGCUUUACUUGUAUUCAAGCAAUGCAGAACAUUUUACUGUGACAGGAAGUGGCCUAUAUCCGCACACUGCUCACAUUUCCUUCCCUCGCUUCCUUCCCAUUAUAAUUGCAAGGAACAGAAACCUUCCUGAUGUGGUUUACUUUUACUUGCUCCAAUCAACUAUCAGAUGGGGAGAUCAAAGUGAGGUACUGUCAUGGUCCCAGGACUUCUGACCCGAUGUUUUGAGUUUUGACAUUCUGUAUUAAGUUCAUUUGUAUUCUUAAGAUCCCUAGGUUUUCUGUUCAGUAUUGGUUAUUAGAUCCCCCCCCCCCCCCCCGUGUUGUCGUCUGUCUCUCCCUCUGUGUGACAAUGCAUAUAUUGAUUUGAGUUAUCGUGCUUUGCUUCCACUCCUUGUGUCCCGUGUUUUUGUUUUUUUCUUUCCAUCGUGUUUUCUCUCUCUCUCUCUCUCUCUCUCUCUCUCUCUCUCUCUCUCUCUCUCUCUCCUCCCCGCUCUGUCGUGUUCCACGUGUGCUUCCACUUCCCUCGUUACCUUCUGUGUAUUUAUGUCAGCGUCCCCCUCUGUUCUGUGUUGCGUCGUCCCUCAUGGUUGUGUGCGUUUCCUUGUGUCUCCCCUGUGCCUUAGCUUUCUCCUUAGCUAUAGUUUUGUAUCGCUCUUUGUGUUCCUGUUAAUAAAGCCCUGCCUUUUGAGUUCA